AUGUUAUCGUCUGUCAAACGAAAGAUGUGAAAUCACUCACUUCUCCAUUCUUGUGCCUCUGUCAUUUCAAGCAUAGCCAGAAGUUAACAUACCAAAAUCACCUUAUCUUGGGAUGGUUUAUAACUAACCCAUGGGACACCUUCGGUGAUUACUGGUUACUCAACUCUGUGAGAACUCUGCGGGUGUAAGAGCAACAGACAUUAUCCACCAUCCCACCCACACAAAUCAACAUGACCUCCCAGCAGGCCAACCCUUUGCUGGCAUUCAAGAGCCCCGCUGACCUCAGUCUGGACUACUUCUCCUGGGUCCUUCGCCUCCAGAUCAUCAGCCUGGGCUUUGCCUUCUACACUGCCAUUUUCCUCCUCUCCCACCUGGUGUCCACAGCCCUCUCCCAGACCUACCACUCUCUGCUGGCCAAGGAGAAGGUGUUCUGGAACCUGGCGGUCACACGGGCCGUAUUCGGCCUCCAGAGCACGGUGGCAGGCUUACGAGCUCUAACCGAAGACUCGGCCUUGUCAAGGGACAGGAUAAGAGGUCAGGAGGACUGGUCGUGGUUCACCGUGCUCACCGCCACGGGCUUCUUCCUGUUUGAGAAUGUGGCGCUGCAUCUCUCCAGUGUGAUGUUCAAGUCCUUCGACCUCGCUCUGGCUACCCACCAUUUCUUUGCCCUGUCGGGGUUCACUGGGGCUGUGGUCUGGGACUCACUAGGGCAUUACCUGCCAAUGGUCACUCUGCUGCUGGAGAUGAGCACGCCUUUCACCUGCAUCUCCUGGAUGUUACUAAAGGCGGGCUGGGCAAGGACCCUCUUCUGGAAGGCCAACCAGUGGGUGAUGAUCCACAUGUUCCACUGCCGCAUGGUGCUUACCUACUACAUGUGGUGGGUGAGCUGUAGUCACUGGGGGGAGAUGAACAUGUAUGUGGCUCUGCCCCAGCGAGUCCUCUUCUACACUGGCCUGGCCCUGCUCACAGUGCUUAUCAACCCCAUCUGGACACACAAGAAGACCAUGCAGCUCCUCAACCCUGUCGACUGGAACUUCAGCAACAAGCCAUUGCCCAACGGCCCCAGUGGAGAACGGGAAGAGAAACCUCAUGAGAGCUAAACUGAGCCAAGGACUGUGAUCCUGUUUUGUACAGUUACCUUUCUUUUACUAUGCUUGUAAAGGAGAGGAAGUGUGAUUCAAAGUGAGAAAUAUUCUAACUCUGGCUUUUAAUUUUGUAAUGGAGAGGAAAGACUAUUUUAAAUACUAUUUUCUUACUAACUCUGGCUUUUAGUGUUUGAAGUAUUUCAAGUUUAACUGAACUACUGUGUUUUUAAGGUUCUCAGUAUAGGUCUGUUGUCUCUACAAGAUGUGGGUGAAAGGGCCUUUGACGACAAGAAAUGUCAUAGGUGAACUUAGUUUUAUAGAAGAGAGUAGAAAAGUGUUGGCCUGACCUGUAUGCCAUUGGUUAUUCACUGGUUUUGAUAGUGUUGCUUUGAGUGGGAGUACAGAUGAACAGAGAGAAAGGCAUAUUAUUGUUCUGUCUACUUAGUUCAGCUUCCAGCAGAAAGGUGUGAAUGUACUAGUUAACCUCUCUGGAAUGGGGUGUUGGCUUGUUUGAAGUUCCCUGAUGCGCCAGUGGUCUUUGCACUUACUGGUAAAGUGUGUGUGUGGUCACUCAAACACUAUGUGCUGAGCAAAGACCAGUCCAUGAGGCAGCAGAUUUUCUCGCUGAGAACAAACUCAGUGACAGACUGAGACUGGAGACUGGGUCACAAUUUGGCAGAUGAGGAAAGUCUAACAGCUUUCGAACGUCAUUGGAAGGCAAGCAACUUCUUUCUGUAUUGUAAAACAUGCUUUCUGACUUGCUUCAGAGUAGACUGUAAUGUGUGCUGGUAGUGUUGUGUGCUCUAGUUGAAUCUUUAUCAAUUAAUUUAAUCUUGAGAAAAUGGUUCCUGUAUUUUGUGGAUGUCUGAGUCGUAUCUUUGAUAGUGGGGUUGACUUAAUAGUAUAGACUCCUUGUAGACUCUCUAAACGUGUGACAGUGGAUGCUAAGAGAGCUGUGAGAAGCAGUGUUGUUUUCAGCGGUGGUCACCAAAGGGAGUGGAUAGACUCCGGGGUGGCAGGGUAGCCUAGUGGUUAGUGUUGGACUAGUAACCGGAAGGUUGCAAGUUCAAAUCCCUGCGCUGACCAGGUACAAAUCUGUCGUUCUGCCCCUGAAGAGGCAGUUGACCCACUGUUCCUAGGCUGUCAUUGAAAAUAAGAAUAUGUUCUUAACUGACUUGCCUAGUUAAAAAGGAAAAAAAAUAUAUAUAUAUAUAACAAGCACCAAGGUGCAGGCCAAAUUAACUCUCUACCACUGAUCUGUCGGAAAAUGAAGUUGGGGGUUAAUUCUUUGAGUAAUCUCUUCUUUGUUUGCGAUCUCCUAGACCUUCUAUAAACCUGCAAUUUAAAUCCAGUUCAUUCAAGAUUUAUGUUAGAUGGAGUGUGUGAGUUUGAACCCUUAACCUGGUUGUUUGUGGACAGAUGCAUUUCAGUCCUGUAGUCUAGCAUGGAGCUUUUGGAAACUACUCAUCCACAUUGACCUACAUCAAGACUGCUAUACUGUACUUCACAAAUCCUCUCUUGACUUGAGAGGUGUGGAAAAUAGAAUAAGAAUAUAUCAAUGCUACAAACAACUUAUGACACCAAGGCAUUACACUGGUGUGCAUCACGGUGAUGUGAUUAUACAUUUCGAAUAGCUCCCCAUGUGUUUAUGCUAGAGACUUACCAUUUCUUGCAGUGGCUGCAGCUCAAUCCCCUCUUUCUUCUGAUUUAUAAAGCUUGCGCCCAUUCCAUAAUAUGGGGUUUGUGAAAGUGGUAUUUCUCUACACAAAGGAUCCAGACAAGAAAAUAGUCACGGAAUCAUCUGUAAAACCCGUACUGUUUGAGCUACAAACUAAAAAGUCACCCCAGGGAAAGAUUAGACUUUCAUGAACACGACGGUGUCAUAUGUUUUGCCCUUUGUCACACGCUUCAGGAGAGUCGUCUGAAUGUUUUGCCCUUUGUCACACGCUUCAGGAGAGUCGUCUGAAUGUUUUGCCCUUUGUCACACGCUUCAGGAGAGUCGUCUGAAUGUUUUGCCCUUUGUCACACGCUUCAGGAGAGUCGUCUGAAUGUUUUGCCCUUUGUCACACGCUUCAGGAGAGUCGUCUGAAGGUAAACCCUGGACCGGCCUGUAAAAAUGGCCCGACGUGCUUUGGGUUAAAAUUUUCACUAAUAAAGUGACCAAACAUGGGACCAAUUUAUGUCUCUCAGAUAUAGGAAAAAUACUUCAAAACCUUUGUCCUUUUGACGGUGUUUUGCGAUGUACAAAUGUGUUAUUCAAUGUGUUUUUUUAUGGGCUAUAGCAGUAAAGGCCAAAUUCAAUGUUUUAAUUAAAUAAUUUAUAUAUACAGUAUUUAUACCUACAGGGGUCCUAAAAUUCAAAAUCAAAUGGUUAAAUGAUACAUUUUAUGGUCAUCUUUUAAAACAAUUCCAUAUGUUAGCUUAGAUAUUGCAAUCUAAGGGCUCAGACCCACACUGGUUAAACACACUUUCAUUCUCAUCUAGAUGCUUUUUAGGAAAUGGUUAUGUUCAACCUGCUUUGCAUCAUAGGUUCGUGUUAUGUCUAAUUCUGUUAAAAUGUAUUUCAUUAGACAUUUUCACACUCAGUAUUACAUUAGUCAUAUAUCCUAGAACUCUGCUGGUGUUGGUUAGAAAGGAUAGGGUAUUACAAGUCAUUCACAUGGGAAAACCUCAACAUUCAUUUAUUUUCAUAGUCUUAGGUAAUGAGUUUGUAGUUGAUUCUUUUGGGUUAAGUGUUUCGAGUUGAAAAGGGAACAGGCAUCAUUUCUUGUUUAGCUUGCUUUUAUUUUUUUAUUACAAUAGAUUAUUGAAUUCAAAUAGAUGCACGACUGAAGGCCUUCAUAGCCAUAAUUAACCUAAACUUUAUAUUUUGAAAAUCUUUUUUGAAUUCAGGUUUUAUUAAGUUUAUGAAGUAAGUCUUGUUUAGUCGACAUGUUUGCCUGGCAUUAAGAAUAUAGCAAUACAAUAAAGAAAAUGUACACAGUAGCUUUAUUUUAGUUGGUUGAUGCCAGCUUUAACCAAAUACAAUGGAGUUAUUUAUGGGUUCCAAACUUGAUUAUUUGUAUUUCCAGUGGGAAUUUUGUCAUUCUUUCUUUAAAUGUUUUCUACUACGAUACAGUCUAAUUAGUUCUGAGCUUGUAUAUUAACAGUGUUGGAUUUGCCAUUAGUUUCUACUAUUGUCUGUCGGUAUGAAGUUGUGUGAUGGACGCUCACACAUUGAUAGUGUCAUUUUCUCAGACUACCACUCAAAUCUGUUCACUUUAACAUGAGCUGUCAAUAAAACCUUUAACAUCCUC